AUGCGUCUUGAUAGCAGAGGCGGUGUGUCCAUCGCCGAGCUGGUCAGCUAUUCGCCGCUGCUGGUCGCCGCAGCACUUCUCUGCCAAAGACAUGGGUUUGAGCGUCCUUCUGGCUGGGUCUUCAUCUUGAUACUUUGUAUCAUUCGAAUUACCGGUUCGGCAUGUAACAUGGUCACCUACCGCGCACAGUCCACAAGUCUGUACCAAGCCGUGUUCAUCCUCGACUCGGUCGGCAUAUCCCCUCUCUUGUUUGCCACGCUCGGCCUCCUGACAAGAAUACUCACCUGGGUCCGGGCACACUCCGAGACCAGCAUCAGAUCCAAGCAUUUCCGAUUCGCCCAGCUCAUCUUCACAGGUGGCCUCAUAUUAAGCAUUGUUGGUGGGAUUAACUCAAGAGCUGCGGCCAGCCCCGGCACUUUGAGCCAGGUUGCUAUCGUCCUCUACUUUCUCGGCCUGGCCGCCUGUGUUUUCUUUGAGAUAUCGGCUUGGGCCGGUACGGUAGCCUGCGGCUCUGUGCCCGCCAGCGAACGCAGCACCGUCUACGCUGUUGUGGCUGCUUUGCCCCUUAUCUUCACCCGAAUUUUGUUUUCGGCCCUGGCAGUGUUCCUACAUGACUCAACAUUCGGUAUUGUUCGACGUUCCACGGGUGUUUAUGUCGGCAUGGUUGUGAUACAAGAAGCACUUCUUGUGGUCAUGUAUACUAUAGUUGGAUGGCAGCUGGACCGAUUGGACUACAACUAA